AUGAAUUUGGAAGAUCCAGUAAUAUCGAAGCCAUGGAUCAAGCAAACAAGUGCAGAUGACUUUGCAGAGGAAAUAGAGAGUGAAGAUGCUGACACAAGAACGUUAAUUGCUCGUACGGCGCAGCUUUGGUCUGCAGUAAAUCAAACAAAGCACGCGGACGACAAUUCACGUGGACCACCGCUGUGUUGUUCAGCCUCUGCUUGGCAUAUGUCGCUAUCAGAGCAACAUGGGUGUGCUGAGGAUGGCAAUAGUACCCUGGACAGUGACGACGAGGAAUAUGGGGAGGGAGAUGAAUGCAUCAAGAUGGAGAGUGUUGAUAUGGUGCUUCAAAGCAUGACACGAGCUGGAAACUAUCUCGCCGGUGAUGUACAUCCUUCUUGGCCGACAGUUGAACAAGCGUGUGUAGAAGAUAAGGCAAACGGUAUGGGCAGUGAUAAUGGUUACGAGAGUGAGGGAUCUGAGGAUUUUAGCAACGACACGGCAUGGGAAUGUGGAAAAUUACAGCUGGAGCAAGGCGACGACACUUUGAAUCGAGCGACCAACACUUCAAAAGCUCGUGCCAUUAUCAAUGCCAUGCUAAUCAACUUGAUUCGACUAGGUUUUCGAGAGGAUAUUACACGAACAGCACUCGAGGCAGGUGCUUUUGAGAUUGAUCAUUAUGACUCAGAUUGCGAUUUGGCAUACGAAGAUAUCUUCAUGUUGUUGGUGAAAAUGGUUUGUGACGCACAUGUUGACAUGAGUGGGGGUGACAAUGUCGAACAAAGUUGGAAAUCACAAGAGAGAAAUUCCGGUAGUCUCGUACAAACAGACAUCGUCGACGCGAAAUCGCCAUCGAAUUUGAAUCAGCUCUCAUUUCUUCCCUCUAAGUGGCCAGUCUUUGAUAUGGCGCAAUUUGAGUUUGAAAGUGCACGCCCUGGCACGUGUUUUAAUAGUGUUUGUGUACUGACAAACCUACCACUGGUGUCAAUGGAUCGAACUGAGGAGUUAGUAAACGUUCUGUCUUGCAACUUAUUUUGCAUGAUUGGUGACCCCAUUCAAGUGGUCAUUCCAUCAACAAGCUCCACAGGACGUACUAAAGGGCAUGCUUUUCUCGAAUUCGACGGUCCGGAUGUAGCGCAGAAAUGCGCAUUGGCAGUGGAUGGACUGACGUGGGGAAAGGGAUCAUUGGGCAGGAUCAGAGGGAACUUGUUUCGACAGUAUCAGAUGGAGUCACCAGCUGCAGGGGAUAGGCGGGCAUCUAUUAUAAGUGGCGAUAGGGCAUCAAUUCCUAGCUCGCUCGUAAGUGUUCCUGGGUCUGGGUCACUUCUAGAUGCUACUGCAGUACCCUUUCUUACGUCCGGGCAUCAUGACAAUCUUACAGUGGAGCGUUUUCGGCCCGACCUUGGCAUAGCGCAACAGCAACCUUUUAUAUGCGACAGUGAUGAGGAUGAUAGCGACUCGGGUGAAUGGGUUUGUCGUCGUCCGUUGAAUCAUGAACAAUUUAGUCCAUCCCCACUAUCACAUCUAUCAUCAGGCAGCGCGGGUAGUAGCGAGCAGUAUGAGCCUAUCCAGUAUGAUAUUGCGAUGCAGUUUGGCUGGGACGAUAAAGCUUCCGAUGACGAAUACUCGGUGCAGCAGAAAAGGAAAGUAGAGGACGACAAUGAAAACGAUACAAGUUUUGACUGCAAUAGUGUACUUGAAUUCCAAGGUUCCGACGAAGAAGAGUUCAUGGGUCAUUCCUUUUGUAAAGAACUCGUUCGUGAGUAUCCGCCAACUCGAGUUACAUUGUCGUUAGGUGAAGUGACAGCCACAAGGUCGACUGUGAUAUCAACUGCGCCCGCUGUUGCGCUCGAAUCACAUGCUGACUGCGAUAUGGCAAUGCAAUCCUGGGAUGUCGACGAAGGCAAUGAUAUCGAUAACAAACUGUGGCGGCACUAUUGCGAAGAUUUAAGCCUCCGCAAUUGCGAAAUGCAGGAGCAAAUCUCCUUUGCGCGUCGUCGCAUUGUCCAGUUAAGCCACAACAACCAAAAGUUGCAUUUGUUGAUCGACCGUGUAGAACGGGAUCGGGAUCGAUUGCUACUUGAAAAUAACGUGCUGCAGACUCAACUUCACGAACAUGAAGAUCACGAGCAGCAUCACGACUCCUUGAUGAAGGAGUUAAUUGUAUUGCGGAAACGCGUAACCGAGCAAGAGCACUCUUUUGAUAGACGGACCCCGGACCCGCUUCAGCAGCAUAAAGCUGCUUGCAAUGUUCGCUCAAGUUUUUCCUACGGCAUUCGAGCAGCUCUGUCAAAAGUUGCCUCAGUCUCUCUGACAAACUGCAAAAUGGAGGAGCUGAAGGAAUGGGAGCAGCAGCUAGAGAGUACAUUGAGCCAUGUGCGCUCGAUUAAGGAGGAAAAGGCACUGGAAGUGCAAAAAAAACUCGACCGGCAGGUCGAGGAGCAGAAUGAGCUUAAGCUUUGUGUGAUCUGUCUUUCCAACAAAAAGAGCAUACUGUGUCUACCUUGCCGUCAUUUGUGCUUGUGCAAGACGUGCUCCUACCGUCAAGAAGUGACCAAGUGCCCAAUUUGUCGCCUAGAAAUUGAGGAAAUGCUAGCUGUGUACUCCUAA